ACUGUCAUUGCUGAGCCUUUUCUAUCUCUGCAGAUGUAUUUGAAUCUCUAACUGACUUUCUUAAAGAUAAAAUGAGAUGUAUUUGUUGAGCCAGAAAUUGGGCUCAACCUUUAUAUAUAGAGUACAGGAUGAAAUGAUAAAAUGUUCUGUGUGAAUUAAUUUCGCCUUGUAGUUAUUAGUAUUUUACUUUAAUACUCAUGUUUAUCCAUAGUUAAUGUCAUUUAACCACUGUAUAAAACAUAGUGAAGUUACUUCAAAUAAAUAAAUACCAACAGUUAAGAAGAUACUUAUAAGAGGACACUGAGUUUGCCUGCCUGAGAUCUGUAGACAGGGAGGUUCACAACUGAGGGCCUCUAAUGGCAAAAGCUCAGUCACCUGUUGUGAUAAGUUGAUAUUUUCAUAAUCACUUCUGCUUUGGAGCAACUGUAGGAAAUAUUUAGACAUUCUUUUUUUAUUUCAACAAGGCAGGACAUAGCACAAGAAACAUCAGUGGUACCAUGUUUUAUCGGGUGUCAUCUGCAUAGCAAUGAAAGCCAUUGUCACACAGUGAACAGGAGGCAGGCUAGAUACAGUGCUGGCCAACACAUCUGACACUGUUGACUUAUACAAAUAUAUAUUAGUGCUGUCAUAAAUAAUUUAGUCUAAACUGAAAAACUGUGGAAACCGCAAAUAUCUUUCACGAUUGUUGAGUUAAUGAAAAAUCUUAAUCAGUGUCUCAUGUCUCUCUAAUGCACUAAAGCUGAACUAUUCAAGUUGAAAGGAUGUUUUGACUUUUUAUCACCAGACACUUAUCAUACAAACAUCAUGUUGCUACCAGGAAGUUCACACCCACACAUACCGUGUGUGGGUGUGAAAUUGUUUUUAAACCAUUUUGAAGCUGAUGAACAAUGUGUGGACAUGAUUCUCCAGACACUGCUCUUAAGAGAAAAGAUUAUCUUAUGGAUGUAAGUACAUAACAAUUGGCUCUGCAAAAUCCUUUCACUCUCUCUUCAAGUGAUCAGGGAGCAGGUACACUGAAGACGAACGCUCACACACAGACAGGUUGGAUUUAUCGUUAGUAACAAUGUCAGAGAGUGCCGUAUUUGAACGCAUCCCCAAACCUCCUAAACCUCCAAAAGAAACAAUUGCAUGUUCCCAGGUCAUUAUGUUGGUUUUGCCCAUUGCUCAACUCAUAAUAGGAGCGAUGUACCUACAUGACUGCCCAAGGCAGCCCUACAUCCCCAUCUAUUUGAUAGUAAUGGGAGUCAUCUGCCUAGUGCUGAAUUGGCUCCCCACCAUGCCAUGCUUCCCUUGUGUCAUUAAAUACAGAGAGGCCUGGGGCUGCUUCUUGUUCCUCUACCUCAUCUUCCUCUCCUGCUGGUUCAUCACUGGGAAUGUGUGGAUCUACUCCAUCUAUGAACCGAGCUACAAUGAAACACUGACUGGCAUGGACACCUACUGCAACAAGACACUCUACCUGUUUGCCUUCUGGUCCACCACCAUUUUCUAUAUCCUACUUCUAGGUUUCAUCGUUCUAUCCAUUUGUUGCCCUAUGUUCUGUGCUUGUUGCUUGUGCUGUUCUGCUCACACGCCUGAUUCUACCUAGAGUGUGUCAUCAGAUUUUUAUGAAAAAUACUGAGAUCCUUUAUAUCACCUCAAGGAUCAGCAUCAUGUUUAAGGGCAAGUAUGUUAUGGAUUUGUUAUUGCUGGUGCCAAUUCAGUUCCUUAGUUUAAGGUCAAAUACCAAUCAAUACCUGUUUAUUUUUCUACAACCUCGUCUUUCUCA